AAAAAUGAAAUUACUCUUAUCACUCAUUUUAUUCAUCUUUGUUGCCUUUGCAACUGCCCAUAACGAUUGCCCAAAAUCAGCCUACUUAGAUGUCCCACCAUCUGAUUUAGUCCAAGCUAAAGAUUUAUCAGCUGCUGAUAAAGUCUUCCAUGAAAAAUACAUGAGAAUCGCCAUCCAAGUCGCCAUUGACAACAAUGCUAAGUUUGCUGCUGCUAUUGUUCACAAAAAUGGUACCGUUAUGUGUACUGGUGUUAACACUGGUCGUGCUAGAAUCUAUCACGGUGAAAUCGAAGCCAUCGUCAACUGUACCCAAAUGUAUGGUAAGAAAACUUGGGAAGAUCAUUACUUAUACACCACUGGUGAACCAUGCGUUAUGUGUUCAGGUGCCAUUAUGUGGUCAAAAUUCGACAAAACCAUCUUUGCCUCAUACGUCAACAACAUGUACUGCGAACGUUGUUUCAACCAAUUACCAAUGGACUCCAAUGAAAUCUUCAAAUUAGGUUACGGUAUCAACCACAACACUCAAUUAAUUGGUGGUGUCUUAGAAGAAAUCACUGAUACUUUCUUCCCAUCACUCUGUGGUACUGAUAACAGUUGGGGUGUUGUUCCAUUAUGCUCAGAAAACUGGAGAAGAUCAUGCCCAAGAUCAUCCCGUUACUUCGGUUAUUAAAAAAUUAAUAUAAAUUAAUAGGUUAUUAAAUAACCAAUAUAAAUUAUAUUUAUAUUGAGUUUAUCUCAUAUUUUAAUAAUUAAUAAAGUACCUUUUUUUAAUUUAAAA